AUGCGUUGGCUACUCCCUGUGGUGGUCACUCUGGUGGCCACAUCAAUGGCCGCCGGGCCACGCCGCUGCGCUGGUCGGCUGGCCAGAGAACGGCUUAAGGCCGCCGAGAAGAUACGAGACAAGAGAUACUUCCUUCUCUGUUGCGCACCAUCGUGCGGGCAGAGGAAGACGCGGCCUCCAGUCGCUACGACAAAGUAUCAGCCGUAUCAUAGGACCUGGUUCGGAUUGAAGUAUGGGUGCAACUGUUCGCCGCUCGGUUCGGAGAGCAGCGUGUGUGACAUACGCUCCGGACAGUGCAGAUGUCGACCGCACGUCUCGGGGCGCGCGUGUGACACUUGCGAGGAAGGCUACUGGGGCCUCCGAGAGGGCGGCUGCCGACCUUGCCAAUGCGGCGCGGGCGCGGCGGCCUGCGACCCCGUCACCGGGCAAUGUGCGUGCGCGCAGGGCGUGGGGGGAGACUCGUGCGAUCGAUGCCUUCGAGGAUACUAUGGAUUCGGGCCUAAUGGGUGUCUACUAUACUAUGGGUUCGGUCACAAUGGCUAUCUACCCUGCCCCCCUUGUUCCGACGGGAAGGUCUGUUCACCCGAAAACGGGCGCUGCGUCUGCCCGCCCAGAUCCAGAGGUCCCGGGUGCAAGCAAUGCGCUCCUGGCUUCUGGGCCCGGCCUGCUGGGUGCAAGCGCUGCAGCUGCGGACCUGGCGCCGCGUCUGACACCUGCGACCCUCUCACUGGGCAAUGCAAGUGCCGCGCGGGCUGGUCGGGGGCUUCCUGCGAUGUGUGCGCACUUGGCCACUUCGGGCCAAGGUGCAAACCCUGCCACUGCCAUCCGGACGGGAGCGCUACCUGUGAGAACGGAAUGUGCAGGUGUGAUGAUACCGGGCAGUGUUUCUGUAAGGCCAACGUAGUGGGUGAGAUGUGCGACCAAUGCCGACCAGGUACAUUCGGACUUUCUGCUUCGCCAACCGGCUGUACUGAGUGCUUCUGCUUCGGCCGAAGCGCGCACUGCACACAGGCAGGUUACUUCUUUAGUCUAACACGUGCAGGCCUCACUCGGGCGGCUCUGCAUGCCGCUGCGCCCGCUCACCUCACGUUGCUCCAGGGUGAUAGCAUAAAAUCAGUAGACCAAGACUCUCUAAUAGCCAUCCACACCCACUCCCUAGACUCCACGAUCACCCUCCCCUGGCCCCCAGUCCCCGUGUACAUGGAGCUGGACAAGCGGUUCCUGGGAGACCGGGUGACGUCAUACGGGGGCUUCCUCCGGUUCCGGGUGGAGGAGGAGGGCGGGGAGGGCCUGGAUGAGGAGACGAUGAGGAGGUUCCCGCUCGUCAGGGUGUACGGGAGGGAUGUAGUGCUGGAUUAUUAUGAGCGCACUCCUCCAAUCAACAACACACACGGUAUCCGUCUCCAUGAAUCACUAUGGCGGGUGCGCGCACGCAACGACUUACAAGCGACGCGCGCCGCCCUCAUGCUAGGCCUAAGGAAGGUCGAACGGAUACUUGUUAGAGUCACCACUAGGGCGCCUAAACACGAUGACAAUGUCCAUGCUCUACUCCUCAACGUGUCUCUAGACACAGCGAUCCCCGGCUUCAGCCGCUCCGAGCCCGCGCUAGGCGUGGAACUCUGCUCCUGUCCCACUGGAUACUCCGCGCCAUCCUGCCACGAGCCCGCCAUCGGCUUCUGGAUGCCUCCAGUUAAAGUGCAUCUUGAUAGCGUGGCUGGGACCAUUGUUAUCAGACUGGAGGGAGAUGCGAAGCCUUGUGACUGCAAUGGAAGAGCUGUUAGCUGUGAUCCCGAUACUGGACAUUGCGUGAACUGUACUCACGGAACAGGCGGUCCGCGCUGCGACCGUUGCGCCGAAGGUCACCACGGAGCCCCGGACGCCCCCGGCGGCUGCCAAGCUUGUCCCUGCCCCUCCAGGGCUCGGAACUUCGCAUCCGCCUGCGCCAUGCAGGGGGGAAGGCUGCAGUGCCUGUGUAAACCUGGCUACGCCGGCACUGACUGCGAGCUAUGCGCCGCCUCCUACUACCGCUUACGUGACGGCGCCUGCGCGCCCUGCGCGUGCGACGUUGCCGGCUCGCUGUCUCCCCAGUGUGACGGCCGCGGACGGUGUCGCUGUCGCGAUUUCGCGACAGGCGAUAAGUGUGAUAGGUGUAGAGGACCGAAGCUGUGGAUGGAUGGCAGCGGAUGCAGAGCUUGCGACGACUGCACAACCACCCUCCUCGAGUCAAUCGACGACCUCGCCUCCUCGCUCCGCAGCGCCGACCUCACCGAGCUCAGCCGCAUACCCCAACCGUACCCCGCCGUCCGCGAGUACUCACACAACACCUCAAUACUCCGCAACUCUCUGCACCAGUUCGUUAACACCCUCGACCACUCUAGAAACUUAGAGGACGAUGUCAGUAACUUGGAAGCUUCUGAGCAUAGGAUCUUUACUGAUUUACACGCUGUAAAAGAAGAUGCGUCAACAAAAGAAGACUCAGCGAAAUCUUUAAGCUUAGAAAGCAUGAGUGGAUUAGAAGAAGUGCUAAAGCAAAGACAGAAAUUGGGGGAACAGGUUGCGGUUUUGGACGACUUCGCGAGGGGAGAGAGACAUUUGGGAGCGCAUAGAGCAAUUAAGGAGGCGAGGCAUUUGUUGAGGAAUAUUAAGGAUGUGAGGCUGAAUGAUUAUAUUGCUGGAGCUAACGACGUUUAUGAUGCGGCUAAUGUGCAAUCCACCGCGGUUCAAGAGCUAAACUACAGCAUAGACGAUGCGUACGCGCGUCUCCGAGGCCUACAGAAUACUUUUGAGAGUUGGCAUGAGAAGGCUGAAGACCUUCCACGACUGGCUGAUGCCGUUUGGAUGGCUGGAGACAAGGUGGCAGCAAUGGAAAAAGAGGUUAGGCCCAGAAUGGCGGCCGCUAGAGACACUGGGCUGCGAUGUAGGCUUAUUCUAGAGGACGUGCUAUCUCUCUCCAACCACACAUUCGUGGAAGACGCCGGCUCUGCUCUACUCCGCGCACGCUCUCUCCUUCUCUCUCUACCCGCCUUAGCUGCAGAGUUGGAUUUGCUCACUCCCGCGGCGGAGGAGAAGGAAGGCAUUCUGUACAAUUUGACGCCGGCGUAUAAGCAGAAGUAUUUGGACGCGGUGGAGAGACAUGUGAAGGAGCUUGGGGCAAAAGCGAGAGAGUAUAAGAGUCUAUUCGCCGGCACCCGCGCGCUGGCCUCCGCCGGCGUGACGGCGGCGCGCGCCUGGGCCUCGGUGGCCGCCGCGGUGCGCGCCGCCGCCGCGCACGCGCACGCCGCCGCCGGGACCGCCGCCAGCGCCGCCAAGAUGGCGCCCAUGAUGGGGUCGGCGGAGCAGGCCAAACAGGCGUCUAGUGACCAGAAGAUUAGAGCUGCUGAGGUGCUGAGCAAAGCUGAGGAGCUCCGUCGUCAACUGGACCAUUUGAGAAGAGGAGCUGAUUUAGUAAGCGUGGUGCUACGGGGACUUGGCUGGCAAGAGCGGGACCUUGGAGCAAGGCCUAGCGCCCGUGUCGCACAGACUAUAGCGGCAGCUAACGAGCAAGCGGACAGAGUAUUCGCAACGACAAGAGUCCUCUACGACGAGGCAAGCGAGAUUCGACGCCGAGUACGAUAUAAUCUCAGACGACAGCUAACCGAACUGCAAAGACAUGGGGAUACCGCACUUGGGGCAGCGCAGGAGCAUGUAUCCCAGAUUCGCGGAAACAUGCUUCGUGGAAGCGAAGCAGCAGAAGCCCUGGCAGCAGCAGCGGCAGCGCGAGCGAAAGAGCACGAGAGAGCCGCCGGCCUCGUUAGGCCUCGACUGCAGGAGUUACAGGACAAGAUAGCUAGAGCCAAACAUGCUGCGGAUUCGAUCACAGUAUCCGUGACAUCCCUACCCGGCGGCAUUGGCUGCUCGCGCGCCUUCACAGCGCCGGCGAUGUCUCCUGCCGUCUCACGCGCGUCUAUAGCCGUCUCUUUCGACGGAGCAGUACGCGAUGGGCCGCUACUACAGAUGACAGAUGAGAGCAAGGUAUGGAACACAGUGACGUCACAGAGUUGCUCGCGCGCCUACACAGCGCCAGCGACGGUGACGUCUCCUGCCGUUUCACGUGCGUCUAUAGCCGUCUCUUUCGACGGAGCAGUAUGUGAUGGGCUGCUACUACAGAUGACGGAUGAGAGCAAGGUAUGGAACACAGUGACGUCACAGAGUUGCUCGCGCGCCUACACAGCGCCAGUGACGUCUCCUGCCGUCUUUAGCGCGUCUAUAGCCGUCUCUUUCAAUGGAGCCGUACGUGAUGGGCCGCUACUACAGAUGACAGAUGAGAGCAAGGUAUGGAACACAGUGACGUCACAGAGUUGCUCGCGCGCCUACACAGCGCCAGCGACGGUGACGUCUCCUGCCGUUUCACGUGCGUCUAUAGCCGUCUCUUUCGACGGAGCAGUAUGUGAUGGGCUGCUACUACAGAUGACGGAUGAGAGCAAGGUAUGGAACACAGUGACGUCACAGAGUUGCUCGCGCGCCUACACAGCGCCAGUGACGUCUCCUGCCGUCUUUAGCGCGUCUAUAGCCGUCUCUUUCAAUGGAGCCGUACGUGAUGGGCCGCUACUACAGAUGACAGAUGAGAGCAAGGUAUGGAACACAGUGACGUCACAGAGUUGCUCGCGCGCCUACACAGCGCCAGCGACGGUGACGUCUCCUGCCGUUUCACGUGCGUCUAUAGCCGUCUCUUUCGACGGAGCAGUAUGUGAUGGGCUGCUACUACAGAUGACGGAUGAGAGCAAGGUAUGGAACACAGUGACGUCACAGAGUUGCUCGCGCGCCUACACAGCGCCAGUGACGUCUCCUGCCGUCUUUAGCGCGUCUAUAGCCGUCUCUUUCAAUGGAGCCGUACGUGAUGGGCCGCUACUACAGAUGACAGAUGAGAGCAAGGAAACCCCAAGCUACAUGAAGCUGUCAGUCCACAUGCAGAAAUUCCAACUCACGUGGGACCUGGGCGAUGGAGAGGGUAUUGUCACUCACCCGGAGGUCUUAGAGCAUAUACACGACGAUGCAGACCAUAACACUUAUACGGUGGAUAUUGAGAGGGUAUGGAACACCGUCCGCCUUACAGUUGAGCGUGCCGGCAAACCCUCCACCACUGUCUCCAACACCACCCUAGGCUCGUCUGUGUCGCUCCACGCCACCCGCCUCUGGUUAGGCGGGGGUGGGGGGCUGCCGGGGUGCGUGCACGCACUGUACUGCGACGAGAGACGGGUGGGGCUGUGGAAUUUUGUGGAACAGCCGAAGGAGGCACAGUGCACGGGGUGCACGCAAAGAUGGUACAACCCAGCGCGCGGCGGCGAGCCCUCCCUUGCGUGGUUCAAUGGCGAGGGUUACGCCGAACUCAAACGCUCCGGAUUCCGACCUUCCGACCGACGGUACUUCAGCGUGGCGUUCACCGUGAGGACGAGGGAUCAAGAUGCACUUCUCUUCAUGGCAGUUGAUGUAGCUAAUCAGCGCGAGGUCGCCACUGUCACGGCCGGGCCGUUCACGUGCAAGCUGCGAGGGUGUUCGCUAGUAACAAGCUGGAAAAAGGUACUGUGUCGCUCGUUCCUACACAAGCGCUCCAUCUCCGUCCGCAUGUCAUCCUGUCGCGUCGUCUUCACGGUACAAUACUCGGACGCUCGGCUCGAGAUAGCAGCGCGAGGUCGCCACUGUCACGGCCGGGCCGUUCAUGUGCAAGCUGCGAGAGUGUUAGCUAGUAACAAGCUGGAGAAAGGACUGUGUCGCUCGUUCCUACACAAGCGCUCCAUCUCCGUCCGCAUGUCAUCCUGUCGCGUCGUCUUCACGGUACAAUACUCGGACGCUCGGCUCGAGAUAGCAGCGCGAGGUCGCCACUGUCACGGCCGGGCCGUUCAUGUGCAAGCUGCGAGGGUGUUAGCUAGUAACAAGCUGGAGAAAGGACUGUGUCGCUCGUUCCUACACAAGCGCUCCAUCUCCGUCCGCAUGUCAUCCUGUCGCGUCGUCUUCACGGUACAAUACUCGGACGCUCGGCUCGAGAUAGCAGCGCGAGGUCGCCACUGUCACGGCCGGGCCGUUCAUGUGCAAGCUGCGAGGGUGUUAGCUAGUAACAAGCUGGAGAAAGGACUGUGUCGCUCGUUCCUACACAAGCGCUCCAUCUCCGUCCGCAUGUCAUCCUGUCGCGUCGUCUUCACGGUACAAUACUCGGACGCUCGGCUCGAGAUAGCAGCGCGAGGUCGCCACUGUCACGGCCGGGCCGUUCAUGUGCAAGCUGCGAGAGUGUUAGCUAGUAACAAGCUGGAGAAAGGACUGUGUCGCUCGUUCCUACACAAGCGCUCCAUCUCCGUCCGCAUGUCAUCCUGUCGCGUCGUCUUCACGGUACAAUACUCGGACGCUCGGCUCGAGAUAGCAGCGCGAGGUCGCCACUGUCACGGCCGGGCCGUUCAUGUGCAAGCUGCGAGGGUGUUAGCUAGUAACAAGCUGGAGAAAGGCAGCCUGCGUGUGAACGGGGAGGAGACGCUGGGGUCGCCGUCGCCGCCGGUGCAGGCGGCCGCCGCGCUGCCCGACGUGUCGGGCGCCGCCUACUGGCUCGGCGGCGCGCCGCCCGGCCGCGCGCCGCCCGGCCGCGAGCCGCCCGCGCCGCCGCUGCUCGGCUGCUUGGGGGCGCUGUCCGUGGAUAGGGAGGGAUACGACGUGCUGGAUACGCCGACGAGGAACGGUGUGGAAGCUAGAUGCAUGGACAGGACUCUUCGAACAGCGACACUAGAAGGCACCGGCUAUGUAGAGCUCCCGUCCCCCAUCCUCCGCCGCAAAGCAGCCCUAGGGCUCACGUUCCGCGCCCGCGGCGACGGCUUGCUACUGUACAGGGCUCCGUCCACGCUCAGCGAGAAUGAGGUCGACGACGAAGAUGGCGACGACAAGCAUUACCUCAGACUGGUGCUGGUUGACGGUGAGUUGGAGCUGACUGCAGCGGCAGGCAAGGCAGAGCUGCAACUGCGCACGAAUGGAACGCGUUUCGACGACGAUAACAGACACUCCGUCAGAAUCGUGAGGGCUCAUAAACAGCUGGAGCUAUGGGUGGACGAAGACCGCCUGGCAACAGGGACGCUAGCUGGCAACGCGUUGCCAGCUCGCCACAAAGGCUUGUUCAUCGGAGGCAUGCCAGCGGCGCAAGACGGUCCAAUGUAUAAAGGCUUUAGCGGGACUGUUGCUGAUCUUAUAGUGGAUUCCAAUGUGAUCGGGUUCGAAACGGCGGUGAACUGGAGCUCGGCCCGCCUCGGGCGCCGCGCGCCGCCGCGCGCCGGCCGCCGCGCCCCGCCGCGCGCGCUGCUCGCGCCGCCCGCCAGGAACAACGACUGCACCAAGACGGCAUCUUACACAGUAGAAGUCGGGGCAGUAAAGUUUGGCGACUCGCCCGGCAGCCAUGCGACACUGCGACUACCACCUCGUGUGAAAGAGCUCUCGUUGUCGCUAAACUUCCGAACGUUCGCUCCUGACGGUCUUCUACUAUUGGCACCGGGUACUAAAACGAAACCUAAGCACUACAUGGCACUACUGGUGCGCGAGGGCAAGUUGCGACUCUACGUCCGCGGACGCCGACGGAAGGAACUCUCUCUCGCUGCCUCGGUGUCAGAUGGAGAAUGGCGUGAGGUGACAGUCCGCAUCUCGCGCAACCGCCUCGUCCUGUCGAGUGGUGGCGCGGCCAGCGCGGCGCACGCGCCGCCCGCCGCCCGCGCGCCGCGGCUGUACGUGGGCGGUUUGCCGCAACCGCUCAACAACAUACCCAACUCUAUUCUCCGAGUAGGCGGAUUCCUGGGCUGCAUCCGUCGUGUGGUAGUCAACGAUCGGGCUGAAGACUUAGUGAGAAACGCGGCCGCCCACCACAGAGUAGGACAGUGCUUUCCUAAUGUCGAACGAGGCGCCUACUUCGGAGGUGACGCGUAUGCGUUAUGGUCAAGCGCGUGGCGGCCGGGCGAGAGCGGCGCGGAAGCGGCUGAGAUGCGGUUACGAUUCCGUAGCGCUGAACCGUCAGGGCUACUGCUCGCCGCCACUAACUUGGUGCUCGAGUUAAAAGAUGGCGCUGUGAUCCUAACCCGCUUGGGCUCGAGCACCUCCCUCGCCUCGGCGCUGGGGCCGGGCAACAGGGCGCUGUGCGACGGGCGCUGGCACAGCGUGCUGGUGCGCGUGGCGCGCGCGCACGUGGCGCUGGCGCUGGACGCGGGGCCCGAGGUGCGCGACGGGGACGCCACGCUGCUCGACGAGGAGAGCGCGCCGGCUGCGCCCGUGUAUGUGGGGGGGUUGCCAGAAGGCUCCACAGACGGCGUGGACGCUCAAAACUUCAAGGGCUGCAUAGACGACGUCAGCAUCGGCGGCCAGAAGCGCAAGUGGAAAGACAUGGAGGCGCUGCACAAUGUGCUUUUAGACUCCUGUCCUGUUACGCAGUGAACCUUAAUGCGGGGGAGUAAGGUUCGGAUUCGUUCGAUAAAUGUUGCAGAUAGAAUUGAGGUUUCCUCUGUUUAGGCAUAGAGGCACUAGAUGUUCUAUUAGAGUCCAGGACGCGUAGCCAACGUGCCAAUCGUUAACGCUCUGUAGCCUGUAGCGUAUCGUAGUCAACUCUCUCUAUCACUCUUCCCCACUAGUGCGACAGUGACAGUUGCGUUUCGUUC